CGCGCUAGUCGAAACUACCAAGUCGCAAAGACGACGCUGGACGCGCUCAAGGCGAGCGUUGUCGGGCAGCUCAAGGACCUCGAGCCGACGCGGUCGAUCUAUGUCGCACGGAGCCUCGCCAAGUGCUGCGAAGACCUCCGCACGCUCAGCACCGAGUCGCGCGUCGCGUGGGAGACGCUUCGAACCCGCCUCGAUGGCGCCGAGUAG